CGGCCUGGCGGCGGGGCAGCCGUCCCUGCUGUUCCCGGCACCUUCCACCCGGGUGGUGGCCUCUGUGCAGAGGGGCCAGACGCCUGCCUCCUCCCCCCUCUCGACUUCCCUCUGGUGCCGUCGGUGCCGCGCCUCAGAGUAUCCAACCACCGCCACCUUCUUAAAUUAUUUUAUUCCACUUUCCUUGCUAUGAGCUACUGUCAGCGCAUAGUUGACUUGUAGGGAUGUGCUAGGACGCCCUGUCUUGCGUAUGCAGUAAAAGAAGUGGAAAACAAGCAUUGCAGAAUGAGAAAGAGGGAAAGAAGGAGCGAGCAAUGGUGGACAGAGUGUUUAUUGCAAGAAUAUGUAAAAUUCUGAAAAUAAUGGUCCCUAGACCACUGUGUAAAGAGACAGGUUAUUUGCUGCUUAUUGCUGUCAUGCUGGUAGUCCGCACCUAUUGUGAUAUAUGGAUGAUUCAAAAUGGAACAGUUAUUGAAAGUGCUAUUAUUGGCCGCAGCAGAAAAGAUUUCAAGAAAUACUUGUUCAACUUCAUCGCUGCAAUGCCUGCUAUCUCUUUAGUGAAUAACUUCCUGAAAUAUGGUCUAAAUGAAUUGAAACUUUGCUUCCGAGUAAGACUUACCAGAUACCUCUAUGAGGAGUACCUUAAAUCAUAUACAUACUACAAAAUGGGAAAUCUGGACAACAGAAUAGCUAAUCCAGACCAACUCCUUACACAGGAUGUGGAGAAGUUCUGUAACAGUGUAGUGGACCUGUACUCAAACCUUAGCAAGCCUUUCUUGGAUAUAGUUUUGUAUAUCUUCAAGCUAACAAGUGCAAUAGGAGCUCAGGGUCCAGCUAGUAUGAUGGCAUACUUGAUUAUUUCGGGGUUUUUCCUUACACGUUUAAGGAGACCAAUUGGCAAGAUGACCAUUAUAGAACAAAAAUACGAAGGGGAGUACAGAUACGUCAACUCGCGGCUUAUUACAAACAGUGAAGAAAUUGCUUUUUAUAAUGGCAACUUGAGAGAAAAGCAGACUAUUCACAGAACCUUUCGUAAGCUGGUGGAACACCUGCAUAAUUUCAUCCUGUUCCGGUUCUCUAUGGGAUUCAUUGAUACGAUCAUUGCCAAAUACCUUGCCACUGUGGUUGGUUACCUGGUUGUUAGUCGUCCAUUUUUGAACCUGUCUGAUCCUCGUCAUCAGAACAGUACUCAUGCAGAGCUCCUGGAGGAUUACUACCAAAGUGGAAGAAUGUUACUGAGAAUGUCUCAAGCUUUGGGCAGGAUAGUCCUAGCUGGCCGUGAAAUGACAAGAUUGGCUGGUUUCACAGCUCGAAUUACAGAAUUAACACAGGUUCUGAAGGACUUGAAUAGUGGCAAAUAUCAGCGUACCAUGGUAUCACAAGAAAAAGAUACAGAUAAAAAGCAAGCUUUGCCUUUGAUACCUGGAUCUGGAGAAAUUAUCAACACUGACAACCUUAUCAAGUUUGAUCAUGUUCCAUUGGUGACACCUAAUGGAGAUAUUUUGAUUCAAGACCUUAACUUUGAGGUUCGAUCUGGUGCAAAUGUUCUGAUCUGUGGGCCAAAUGGGUGUGGGAAGAGCUCGCUUUUCCGUGUCCUUGGUGAGUUAUGGCCUUUAUUUGGUGGGCGUUUAACAAAACCUGUACGAGGAAAGUUGUUCUAUGUUCCCCAGAGACCAUAUAUGACUCUAGGAACGCUCAGAGAUCAAGUUAUAUAUCCAGACACUAUAGAAGAUCAGAGAAAGAAAGGAAUUUCUGACCAGGUGUUGAAGGAGUACUUGGAUAACGUCCAGCUGGGUCAAAUCUUGGAACGUGAAGGAGGCUGGGAUAGUGUUCAGGACUGGAUGGAUGUACUCAGCGGGGGAGAAAAACAGAGAAUGGCAAUGGCAAGGUUAUUCUACCAUAAGCCCCAGUUUGCAAUUCUGGAUGAGUGUACCAGUGCUGUUAGCGUUGAUGUAGAAGGUUACAUAUACAGCCACUGCAGAAAGGUUGGCAUCACUCUCUUCACUGUCUCCCAUAGAAAGUCACUCUGGAAGCAUCAUGAUUUUUACCUGCAUAUGGAUGGCAGAGGGAACUACGAGUUCAAGAAGAUAACUGAAGACACAGUUGAAUUUGGAUCCUGAAGUCAUAAACUGAAGUGCUACAGAGACUGAGGAUUACAGAAAGCAUGUAGGAUGGCAGACAUUGUACAAUAAAACUACUCAGCUUGUUUUAUUUUUAAAAAUAACCAGGAUGACCCAAAACAAGCUGUUAAGCGUUUACUAUUAUGUAGGAUAUUGCUAAUUGUGUAUAUGUUGGUUUAAUUAUUGAUAUGUACUAAGAAUGUCCUUAUUCUUGUGGUUUAAAAACCUGCCUGAAUUAAAUUGGGCUUAAAUCAGUGUAACCUGAUUCAUCCUGGGAUGCAAACCAUUUGAAAUCAGCUGAUUUGACUUUUGUAGACCUUCUUUCCCUUCAGUGAAAAGCCCUGUUAAAAUUAGGGUUGCUACCUCGCUUGUUCCUGCAAAGCAGUCUUGGAUUUUUGCUCUCUUCUAUGCAUAUUUCUGAGUUACCUUGCAUUGUGCAGGACAUUCUCCCAUCUUCAGAUCUCUGUGUCCUGUUUAAUGAAAGAGCCUUUUUCUUGAGCAAGCCUUGUGGUGUAGCCAGUACAACCUUGCUGAUAAAGGAAGGACUGAACCGAAAAGACAGUUUCUCCUGCUAAAAAAAAAUAAGUUUGUUCUUUUCUGGGUUUUGCAUUUUCUUUAACAUCAGUCUCUCCAUGCAAUUCUUCCUGCUGCUCAGCAGUUCCAUUCUCUACCAAUUUAGCAAGAGCUUCAUCCAUCCACCACCCUGGAUGCCCUUUUUGUCAGAGAAAUACUGUGGCAAUGAGUAGUUGAGAGAAGGUUGAGGAAGGGAAGGACUGACAAAAAAGAGGUGAUACUCCUUGCAUCAAGCAAUCCUGUGACUGUUUUCAGCUCUGAAAUUAAUGUCUUUAACAAAUAGAAACAGAGCAAAGAAUGUGGAUCCAAUCAUUCUUCUCUUGAAAUCAGUAGUGUUUAGAGGGGAUUAAAAGUGUUAGACUGAAGUAGCAGACUGUCUGUCCUGUGUGCAUUCAGUCCUGUAAUACAACAGAAAAUUGGAUUUUCUCAUCGUUUUAGCUGCCCUUGAGGUCUGAGUUUGAAAGCAAGUGUUAAGGGUGCUUCCUGUUUGGUCUUCUUGGCUGUGAAGCUUAAAAUUAUUUUAUGCUUCACUUGUAUUCUCUUACUUGACAUGAGGUUUCUUGAUUUCUGAUAUGAUUCACUAGUGAUUCUUGCUGCUGUCAGAGGAUCUCUAGUCCAUGCUGGUUAUCUUGUUGCAGCUGCCAAAUCCCCUUGGAGAAACCAAACUUUUUCAUUUACUGUAAUUGUGUUUUCCAUACAAAUUAUUACUGUGGUUGCCAUAUGACUUUGACAAACAUAAAUGCAGCAAGUUGAUUUUUGUGAUCAAGGAAUAGGAAGGUAUAAUUCAAACUGAAUCACUUGUUUAGGUUUUAAAACAAAUUACAGUAUCUGUACAGUGAAGGUCUAGUAAUUUUUUUUAGUGUUCCAUGUAAGAUACAAUAUAUGAAUGCACUACAUGAAGGCAUGCAUAAAAUAUGCAAUAAAUCUGUUCUCUGUCAUCACAAGUUAAGGUUAAAACCAACUUUUUAUAAAAUGGAUACAUACUUGGAUGCUCUGAUGUCUGUUAGUUUUUACCCAGUUUGAUAAGUCAUCUCUCUUGCUAAAAUUGCUGUGUGUUAAUAUUUUUCCUCUUACAAUAGUUCUGGCCCGUACCUGACAGUGCUACUAUUCUUCCAUAGUACUCAAAUGCAAAAAGCUAUCCUGGUAUAAGGAUAUAGUGACCACAGUUGAUUCAUAGUAUGAAAUGAAAAUCAAAAAAGCCUCUCUGAAUUGUUGUGUACUCAAUAGAAUAAGGUACCAGAAUACAUUUUUGAGCUUGGUCCACAAGAAGGCUAAUAGGUAUCUUGUCUAACUCAUUUUUUUCUGUGGACUCAGAUUUUCACAUCAGCCAUAGCAUAGCAACUAGCAGCACCUUGUAUAUGAGGUGGUAGUAUUUUUUAAUUGUAACCAUGAAAAUAAGGAUGCCAGAUAGGUUUGGUUUUUGGUUUUGGUUUUUUUGGUGAAUGUUCUCAGCACACAUACAACUUCUUCCCUUGGAAGGGAUCUUUUAGUAGCCUUUUAGAGAGAGAAAUAAAAAAAACUAUACAAUGAGAAAGUUGCUAUUAAUCUUUGUGACAAGCAGACUUUGCAGUGAAGUAGUGAACCUGGGAUACUUUUGUUUUUAACACUUGCAAGCAAAACCUCUUACAGCAUAUUUAUAUACUACCCCAGCAGCCAGUCCUAAGGUACUUUACAAUUCAAUUGGUUUAUAACAGAACUUUGUGUAGUUUCAGAUUUUUAUUAAAAACAAAAAAGAAUUUAAAAAUCCAGCUCUGUAACCAAGGAGGAAUAGGUUUGUCUUUAGAUGCCAUGAAGUUCAUUGAAACUGAGGAUGCAUUCUCUCCUUAGAGGCAGGAUUUAGUGUUUCUAAAUAUCCUGGAAGAAAAAUAUUCAUCUGCACUUGCUUGUAAGAGAGGCUUAUAAAGAAAGUCUUAAAAAGAAUGAUAUAUUAGAAUGAAAAUUCUUAAAAGGCCUUAAAGUAGUUUGAGAUUGACUUGGUCUAAUGAAAGGGUGUGAAAAAUCUGAUGAAAAUGAUCCUCCAAGUCUCAGUUCUGUUGCAGAAUUGCACUGUGAUACUGUAUUUUAGCUCUUAGGUCUUUUUAAUAGCACAAGUUGAAAGUUUGAAAACUGGAAUGCUGAACUAUCUGAGUAAGACAAAGUACUGAUGAGUAUUUUCAGUCUCAAACUGCUGGUGCUUUGAAGAUGGUACUGGUAAUAGUCAGGUGGUUGCAUUUCAACAGUGGUGGGAAACAUUCCUGUAUGUAAAUACUGUAAAGUGCUUUGGAGGGGGAAAUGGCGCUAUAUAAAUGUAAGACAUUAAGUGCCUCUGAAAUAAUAAUAAAUCUAAAGAUAAAAUCUG